UUUGGAGAUUCUAAUUGAAGUAUGCAAAUCAGCUAUAUUUAAAUUUAUUGAACUUUGUUUUAGUUUAAAGGUAACAUUUUUUUUUUUAAUCUAGUAGAUGACAGAAGGUAUGUAGCAACUAAGAUUGUGUCAACUAACUUGGUAAAAGCGUAGAAGAUAGUCCUAACAAUAAUAAGCUAGAUGUCUGUGUGGAUAUGUGGAAUAUUAAAGACGUACAGGGAAAGAAGAGGUGGUCACACAAACAUAGGCUGCAAGGAUACUUGCCUUAGUAAAAUUUGGAAAUGCAGAAGACAUGAAACAGAACACAUAGUAUAACUUGGAAAUCUCUUCAUAACAAAUUAAUAGUUUACAAAUGCAUGAACAAUUAUCAUAACUGAUAAAAUCUGAGCACAUGUUUCUUUAACAAUUUCUCUAUUUACUGGAUCUUUUCCUCCCUUCAAUCAUAAUUCCAAAGUUACAUGUGGAUCUAACCAUGGUUUUCACAUCUGUACGCAGAAACUCUUCUCUACUUAUACUUGCCUGUAUAUUGUGGAUAUCUUCAUAUGCAGAUCCUUGUGGAGUUGAACCACCAACAAAUUAUGACCUAAGCAUAAUGGAGAAGAGGUAUAGGAAUUGGAUGGAAUCUCAUGGAAAGCAAUACAAAGACAAAAACGAAUGGGAGAUACGCUUUGGAAUCUACCAGUCUAAUGUUCAGUUUGUCGACUAUAUCAAUUCUCAGAACCUCACUUUCAAGCUCAUUGAUAACAGCUUUGCAGAUAUGACGAAUGAAGAGUUCAACUCCAUAUUCACAGGUAGAUUGAAAAGCAGAACCCCAAUAAAGAAUCAUUUUCCCACUAAUAAGACCCGCCAUCGACUUCAUUUGCCAAUAGAGGUCGACUGGAGAAAGAAGGGUGCAGUUACUCAUGUCAAGGACCAAGGCACAUGUGGAAGCUGCUGGGCUUUUUCUGCAAUUGCAGCAGUUGAAGGACUCCACAAAAUUAAAACCGGAAAGUUGUUUUCAUUGUCGGAACAAGAAUUAGUAGAUUGUGACCGUGGUGACAAUUUAGGCUGCAGUGGAGGGUACAUGGAAUUAGCCUUUGAGUAUAUAAGAAGAAAUGGUGGCAUUGCCUCUGAAAAAGCGUAUCCAUACAUAGGAAGAGAUGGCAAAUGUAACAAACACAAAGCAAAACAUCAUGCUGUAAAAAUAAAGGGUUAUAAGACAGUACGUACGAAUGAUGAAAAGAGCCUGCAAUAUGCAGUUGCCAGAAACCCUGUAUCUGUUGCUAUUGAUGCUGGUGGCUAUGAAUUCCAGCUAUACGACAGUGGUAUAUUCAACGGCAACUGUGGGACGAGUCUUAAUCAUGGUGUAACUGUUAUCGGUUAUGGCGAAAAGAAGGGCAUUAAGUACUGGAUAGUGAAGAAUUCAUGGGGUACUGCUUGGGGAGAAGAUGGUUAUAUAAGGAUGAACCGUGAUUCAUCAGAGGAAUCAGGUCUAUGUGGUAUAGCAAUGGACGCCAGUUAUCCUUUUUAACCAACAUUAAAAAGUCGCCAUGAUAGACCAAAUGAAUGCAUUAUUCCACUAAAUAUGUUAGCUAAUGUUCCAUGUUGAAAAACUUGAUAAAACAUGGAAAUCUGUUUGGACUUCUCAUAUGCUAUUGAUCUUACUCAAGAGAGAAAACGGAUUGUAUCAUUGUGGUAGCACAUGUCUUACAAUAAAAACUAUCAUACUUUAGAUAUCCCUACAUUUUGCUGCUACAACAUUUGUUCUGUAAAUUAUUGCAACCUGGCCAUACAAAAGAUAAUUUAAA